CAGUGACGCGGCCAGCUUCAGUCGCGGCAGCGCCCCUCGGCGUGCCAUUCGGUGACCUCGGCGUGCGGUUUGAAACUGGCCCCGGCCCGCGUUCAGGGCGGAUUUCCACAGCGUGGCCUGCCACACUGGCCGCCCCGCACGGUACGUUGGCGGCCACGCGAGUUCUUCGCACCCGGCGCGGCGGCUCGUGAGUCGCAGACCCACGCCGGGAUGCGGGCCUGACGGUGGCGCAAAGCCGCUCUCUCGACAGUGGAGGAAGGGCAGUGGACCAGCGGACAGGGACCCAGAUGGAUGAGUGACCCGGCGUGAUCGCGCCGCCCGCCAGGAUGGGCAGCAUCUGCAGGAUCACCGUCGUGUUAUCGACGAUGGCGCUGGUGCAGAACGGCCAGGUCGCGGCCAUCCAGUCGGCCGAGGAGCCACCGUCCCGGCCACCCUGGCAGCGGCCCUCCAUGCUGCAGCCGGUGUUCCUCAACUCAACAGUGCGACACGUGGUGUCGCCGGUCGGCAAGCCGGCCUACCUGCGCUGCGUGAUCCAGCAUCCGGGCGACAAGACGGUCUCCUGGGUGCGCAAGAGUGACCUACACAUAUUGACGGUGGGCCUGUUCACUUACACCACCGACAAGCGUUUCCUGGCGCUACACUCGGACGGCACGCAGGAGUGGACGCUUAAGGUGCUGGCUCCCACAGUCAACGACAGCGGCGUGUACGAGUGUCAGGUCAGCACCGAGCCCAAGAUCAGCCUGGCCUUCCAUCUGGACGUGGUCGUUUCCAGGGCGCAUAUCCUGGGCAACGCCGAGCUGCACGUGAAGUCGGGCAGCGACGUGAACCUGACGUGCCAAGUCAGCCACGACACCAGCUCCAUCUACUGGUACCACAACGGCCGGGUCAUCAACUACCAGGGCCAGGACCGGAUCCGGCUGGAGACGCAUCCCUCCCUUAGCAGGCUGCACAUCACUCGGAUGACGCCGUCCGACACCGGCAACUACACGUGCGGGCCGGCCAACGCCGAGCCUGCCUCCGUCACCGUGCACGUCAUCAACGGCGAGCACCCGGCGGCCAUGCAACACAACGCCGGCAUCAGGGACCGGCCCAGCUGCGGACUGCUGCUGCCGCUGCUGCCGCUGCUACUGCUGCUGCGGCCGCGGUGAGGGGACGGCCGGUCCGCGUGGUGUGGCUGACCCGGCUUUGGCAGACCGCACUAUCACAGACCUGUGCUCUACGGACCCGCUGGCGGCGCGGCGGCGGAGUGUCGGGCGCAGGGGUGGUCGGUGGACCACCACCGGACGUGUGGCGUGGCUGGCAUAUCGGACCCAGCCCGCCCGGUCGGACCCGAGACUGGGGACUCG